GGAGCAGUAGCCGCACACCCAGCCCUUCAGCAGCAGGAUGACUGUCAAGAGGAGGAACCACGGAAGGAACAAGAAGGGCCGCGGCCACGUCGUGCGCGUGCGGUGCGCGUCCACCGCUAAGGCCAUCCCCAAGGACAAGGCCAUCAAGCGUUUCAUCGUCAGGAACAUUGUGGACGCUUCCUCGCUCCGUGACAUCCGCGAGGCGUCGGUGUUCGACAACUACGCCCUCCCCAAGCUGUACAUCAAGCAGUACUACUGCGUGGAGGCCGCGGUUCACCAGCGGAUCGUGCGCUCCCGCAGCGCCGAGAUGCGCAGGAACCGCGACCCCCCUGUGCGGCACCGGCCCAAGCGCGACUAGACUGACUCGACCAUGGCCUGGAGGCUGAGAAGCCGUCCCUAAUAACCGAGCAUGGGGACGGGUCGCCCUUCAGGCUGCGGCGGAAUCUCUCUGCCUCGGCCGUUUAGGGCGGCAGCAUGGCGGUCACGCGAGUUGACGGUUUGCCUUAUUGACCGCAACUAGUCCUGCCGCUGUUGCUGUGCUAAUAGUUUUCUUAGCGCUCCGGUUGGUUAAUCGCCGCUCGUUCGCGGGGAUUAGGGUCGGUUGCUGCUGGUUCUGUGGUAUCUGCUGGGGUGUCUGGCACCGUUGGUAUAGCGGUGCCAGGUUAGCCGGCCCCGUUAUCGACGGGACCGGCAAACCAAACACAAAAAAAAAGGUGUCUGCGACCUGUGGUUCACACUGUCAUGGAUUUUUUUCAAUCCUCUUUUCUCGUUGCGCCUGCUUUAUGCGCACGUGCACUGGUCUGUGCCUAUGCCUAUGCCUAUUUUCCCAGAGAGUUGGCCUCUGGUCACAGCCCUUCGUGCAACAUCGAUGCCGUGUCAUAGGCUGCUUUCCCGUGUUGUCGGGGCGCGCGUAGUUGUUGUGAGGAUCGAUGCACGAGACUGUGCUGCGAGCGACAUAGGCAGGGCACGCUGUCGAUGCAGCACUCACUCAACAAGGCCGACCAUUGUCCUACUCGUUGUACUUGUCAACACCACCUGUUUCCAUCCCGCUCUGUCUCGCGCACACGGGCGAACGAGCACGCAGGUGACGCAAAGGUCCCGAAGACGUCAAACAUACCAGCACACUGAUAUAUAUCCAUCUUGUUCUUUUGUUAUCAAAACAACUUCACGGCUCUCCGGCGCUACCGGCACACCACUGCGUAUAUUGGUGCACUUGAUCGAAGGCUACAUUGAUUGGUCGGUCGCAUGUUACGUGUUUCUAGGUCGUCUUCUGUCGAGCAAGGCGAGGCCUUUCAGCACCAUUUCGCUGUUACUGUUGUGGUCGUGCAUGUGUUGGGAUAGACUUUCAUUGUUACGAAUUUUGUGGGUCUGGCGAAGCGUUGUGCUUGCACUGAUGAAGGUGUUACUAAAACGAACGAACGACGCUGAUAAUACCCUGGGCAUCAU